AUGGUUUCUAAGCUUUUAUUUGUUGCAUUUCUUGGCUUUUUAAUUUGCACACUUGAAAUUGUUGGUGGCAGAAAGCUCUCUGAAGAGGAAACAAAAACAUCAAUUGGACAUGGUGGAGGCCUAGGUGGUGGAGCAGGAUUUGGAGGUGGUGUUGGGGGUGGCAUUGGUAAUGGUGGUGGUGGUGGAGCAGGGUUUGGAGGUGGAGGAGUUGGAGUAGGAGGUGGAGGUGGAGGUGGAAUUGGUAAAGGUGUUGGUGGUGGAAUAGGAGGUGGUUCUGGAGGUGGCAUUGGUAGUGGUGGUGGAGUAGGAGGUGGAGGUGGAGAAGGUGGUGGUACUGGUAAGGGUAGUGGCAGUGGAGCAGGAGGUGGAGAAGGUGGUGGUAUUGGUAAGGGUAGUGGCAGUGGAUUAGGAGGUGGAGAAGGUGGUGGUAUUGGUAAGGGUGGUGGCGGUGGACUAGGAGGUGGUAUUGGAGGUGGAAGUACUGGAGAAGGUGGUGGCAUUGGAAAAGGUGGUGGUAAAGGAAUAGGAGGUGGUUCCGGGGGUGGCAUCGGGAAAGGUAGAGGUGGAGAAAGUGGUGAUAUCGGUAAGGGUAAUGGCAGUGGAGAAGGCGGCGGCAUUGGAAAAGGUAGUGGUAGUGGAAUAGGAGGUGGUUCUGGAAGUGGAAUUGGUGGUGGCAUCGGGAAAGGUGAAGGUGGUGGAAUAGGAGGUGGAAAAGGUGGUGGCAUUGGGAAAGGUGAAGGUGGUGGAAUAGGAGGUGGAAAAGGUGGUGGCAUCGGGAAAGGUGGAGGUGGUGGUGGAAUAGGAGGUGGAUAUGGUGGUGGCAUUGGAAAAGGUGGUGGUAGUGGAAUAGGAGGUGGUUCUAGUGGUGGAUUUGGUGGUGGCAACGGGAAUGGUGUUGGUGGUGGAAUAGGAGGUGGUUAUGGAGGUGGAGGUGGAAAAGGUGGUGGCAUCGGGAAAGGUGGUGGUGGUGGGAUAGGAGGUGGAUAUGGAGGUGGAAUUGGUGGUGGUGGUGGUGGUAGUGAAGGCGGUGGCUUUGGCAAAGGUAACGGUAGUGUAGGUGGUGGUUAUGGAGGGGGAUUUGGUGGAGGAGUAGGAGGUGGGGGUGGAGGUGGUGGAGGAAAAGGUGGUGGAUAUGGUUAUGGUGCAGGAGCCGGUGGUGAGUCCGGAAAAGGAGACGGAAGCGGAAGUGGAGGAGGGUGGCCUUGA